CAGAGGUCUAUUUAAAGGGAAGCUAGGGCUCUGCUCGUCACUCGUUUCAACCAUGUCUGGUCGCGGUAAAGGUGGCAAAGGUCUCGGAAAAGGCGGCGCCAAGCGCCACCGCAAAGUCCUGCGCGACAACAUCCAGGGCAUCACCAAGCCCGCCAUCCGCCGCCUGGCCCGGCGCGGCGGCGUCAAGCGCAUCUCCGGCCUCAUCUACGAGGAGACCCGCGGGGUGCUGAAGGUCUUCCUGGAGAACGUGAUCCGCGACGCCGUCACCUACACGGAGCACGCCAAGCGCAAGACCGUCACGGCCAUGGACGUGGUCUACGCGCUCAAGCGCCAGGGACGCACGCUCUACGGCUUCGGCGGCUGAGCUAUGGCUGCGUUUUCCUCCAGUGUCGCAAAAGGCCCUUUUCAGGGCCACCCACGAACUCUAUGAGGAGCUGUUGCGCGUUUUCCGAGUGUUAUUAGCAUAAGUCGCCAUGUAAUGACUGUCAGGGAAGGACAAGAGGGCUUCGGCUAGAUCUUAGGCGGCCAUUUUAACCUCUGGCUGCAACCCAGUUCCGGGGAAAAGCCACAGGGUUAUGAGAACAUGGCCAGACGACCUUCAGCCCCGCAGCCUGGCCAUUGCGCAUCCUGGCACCCGUUGCAAAAGCCCCGGUUCACAACUGCCCAAGUGAAAUUUCCCCUUCUCGCUGAGCCAAUGAAAUGCGAGGUAGGUCGCGUGCUUCUGGCCAAUCCUGUAACGCCAAGGCAUGAAAACCUCUGCGUUUUUUCCUUAAGAACUCUUGACCCCAAGAGCCUGCAAUCGCUCUCCCCACCCCCAGCGCCCGAGCUCGAGCUUGUACCCCGAAUAAACCUUUGUGUGUUUGCAUCGGGACUUGGCUCCGUGGCGGUCUCUCCGGGGAUCCUCUUCUGGGCACAUCAGUGAGGGGAUGGUUGUGUAUUUUGAAACAUCGAGGAUUUUUCUAUUUAGACCGCUAGGGAGCGCUUGUGAGGGCUGUGCAGGUUUGUAACACCGUGUACUGCUGGGUACCGGAAUAAAGCGGGAACGAGGAUUACAAGCCCACCGUAACCUGAACUGUCUGGAGUCGCGUGUGUGUGAAGUGUUGCAAUGCUGGAUGCAUUGAAAGCUUACCAUCGGCUGCGUGAGGCCGGAUUUCCGCUGCCAUUAAGUAAUGGAGUUGAGACAGUCCCCCUCAAAGUAGCGGUCAUUUAAGAACUCAUGGCCCUGCCAGCUGUGUGACACAUUCUCGCACCGUCCUCAUUUCCGAGCUCAGGACAGGGGCCAUCUUAUCUAAGGGCAAGGGCUGCUUCUACACAAAUUAAAUAUAUUGAAUGCUUAGAUAUUACUGUUUAUAAUAAGACCUAAGUGCACAUUCUUUUUAUUGGGGACGACCUAUUUAUACCCCAACUGCAUAGUUGUGCGAUGGCUUUAUAUCACUUUAAACCAGUGUGUGUGUGCUCGCCACAUUUGUGCAGAUGCAAGAAGAGGGCGUCGGAUUUCCCGGAAGCUGCAGCUGCAGGCCGUCGUGAACCACGUGUUGUGUGUCCUGAUAUCCAAACUCUGGUCUUCAAGAGCAGCAAAGUGUUUUUGACUAAACAUUCUCUCAAGCUGCCCUGCUAUAUAGUCUUUUGUAACUCUUAAAACCAAGGCCUCUUAAAAUAGAUGACUAUGAAUUUAAUAUUUGUGGCACUCCUUAAUCCAUAAAACUGCUAAAUCACAAGUUAAGAAAAAUCAGAUUUUUUUUAAGUACUCCAGCCCAGACUCCCCCAGUACUAUUCUUGUUACGUUGAGCAUUGAAUUCAAGCCCUAACACUUCCCUAAAAGAAUGGGGCUCUUCAUUUUUAUUACUGCGCUUGUCAAUCUUACGAAGACUUACAUGUAUUUUCAUAAAAUAUACAUAACAUUUCAACUGCAACUGUUAGGCCAAUAGUAUUAAAGCAGUUUAGAAAAUGGAA